AUGCAAGGAUAUCCGCAGCAGCAGUCCUACGCUGGCUAUGCUGGCUACGCGGCGACAGAUGCUCAGCAGCAGCUGCAACAACAGCAGCAGCAGGAACAGUAUGCGUACGCCCCACCAGAUCUUCAACAACAACAGUAUUCGUACGGGCCAACGGCGACCAGUGGAGACUAUGGGCUGCACUACAGCCCAGUUGCCACCGGCGAGCCACAUAGUCUAAUAGGGGGAUCCACUGCAACGAACAGCGGGUACAGUAGCAACUUCCCGCAGCAGGUGCAGCCACAGCAGCAGCAACUUCAUAACGGCUACAAUGGUUCUGUAGGGCGGCAGCAGUCGUACAAUUACCAGCCACAAGCCACCGCUACGAACGAGGGUUACAACGGUGGCGCGUAUGAAGAGACAGCGGCAGCAGCAACGGCAGGACCUGCUGCUGCUGCUGCUGCUUCUCCAUCUCCCGCAUUCGACGCUUCCACCAGCGCUUGCCCCGAUUCUGCCCUCUCGUUCGGUUUUGAGCAACCAACUGAGGCGCCAAAUACCACCGACGCAAACGGGCUGCGCUGGACAUGGAGCACGUACCCGAACACGUACCGUGAUAGCAAGCAGGAGCCUGUAGGCACCGCCGCCGCGUCCGUCCCACUGCCGGAGAUGAUCAUCCCUCUCGCCUGCAUGUACACCCCACUUCACCCCAUUGAUGCAGGUCGGCUUGUGAUUGGCGACCCCUCCGCUCGCGGCCAGCAGUGCCCGAACUGCGGCGCUUACUGGAACAAGCACUGCUACCGCGAAGAGGGAAAGUUCUGGGUAUGUCUCUCGUGCCUGCGACGCAACCCAACGCCACCGAGCUACAACCCGCAGCACCCAGCGCUGCAUAACGACACGGUGGAAUACAUCCUCCCAACAACAGCUCCCACGUCGGCGGAAGAGGACGCGGUCACCCCCGCGUACCCGACGUUUAUAUUCAUCAUUGACACCUGUCUGCCGGUGGAGGAGCUCGAUGCUCUGAAGAGCCAUAUUGUGCGGUGCCUCGACUGGCUGCCCUUGCAGUCCCUUGUCGGGCUUAUAUCCUUUGGUGCGCGUGUAUCAGUGUGGGAGCUUGGUAGCGCAGCCUUGGCGCGGUGCUUCAACGUGCGCGGCGAUAAGCUGUAUGACCCAGUCGAGCUUUCGGCAAUGCUGCAGCUGGUCGACGCGCAAUCUGUGCGUGGAAGAUUCCUCGUACCCCUCGAGGAGUGCGAGUUUGUGCUGACGACACUUAUUGAGGAGAUGCAGUGCAAUGACACUAUCACGCCUGCUGACAAGCGGCCACUGCGCACAACGGGGACAGCUGUUAGUAUCGCCGUGCGGCUGUUCGAGGCCUUGCAGCAAACUCCGGCGGAGAAGAGCACUGUGGAGCAGGUGGCAAAAGGUGGUCGGCUGCUGCUCUUCACGGGGGGCCCGUGCACGCGUGGGCCGGGGACUGUCGUGAGCGUUGAUAAGGAGAAGAUGAUGCGUUUCCAUCGCGACAUCAUCGACGGCGAGACGCCGUACUAUGAGGCUUCUUUUAAAAUGUACAACGACCUGCAGCAGCGGCUGUCGAACGUCAACGCGAGCCUCGAUGUGUUCGCGGAGAGCUUCGACCAAAUAGGCAUCCUCGAGAUGCGACAGGCGGUGAAUCAAACAGGUGGCACAUUUGUCUGCGGCGACGCCUUCAGCCACCAGAUGUUUGCCACAUCGCUGCAGGGAUACUUCGACCGCUGCGACCUCCGCAUCCGCGGUCUUGAGGCGGGGAGUGCUGCUGGUGAAAGCAACUUUAUUGUGCGCAGCGCCUUUGGCGUAAAGUUCGAGGUACACACCUCCGCCGACACGCUCGUGAGCGGUGUGCUCGGCCCGUGCCUCAUUGAUGAGAAGGCGAAUAAGGCGAAGCCGCACCGCGCCUCGUCGCCCAUACAAGUUGGCGUUGGCGGCACCACUCGUUGGUGUGUCAGCACGGUCGACCAGGCGGUCACAUACACCUUUGUGUUCGACACCGCCACGAUGAACAAGAAGGACGGCGCGUAUGCCUCCGGCGCCAGGGGCCAAGGCAGUGUCGGCAACAACAACAGCAGCAGCAGCAGCGGUGAUGCGAAGCGACGGUUUGUGCAGUUUGUCACGCGCUUCAGCACACCAAACGGGGAGUCGCGGGUGCGUGUGACAAGCGUUGUGCUGCCUGUCGCGCCGUCGUCGCCGAGCAUCGACCCGCAGUACUUUGUCCGUCUCCAGUCGUUCGACCAGACGUGUGCGGCGACGGUGCUUGCCCGAAUGGUGGUGAGCAUCCUCGAGAAGCACCCCAGCAAGUGGGACGACACGAAGCGGUGGCUCGACACGCUGCUGGUGCGCUUUGUGCGGCGCUACAGCACGUACACGGCGGGAGUGCCGGAGUCACUGCGGCUGAGCCCGUGCCUCUCGCUGUUCCCUUCCUUCAUGUUCAACCUGCGCCGCUCCGAGUACUUCAUGGUGCUGAACAUAUCCCCCGACGAGACGGCGUUCAAGCGGCACUGGUUGAUGCGCGAGCCGGUGGAGAACUGCGUGCUGAUGAUUCAGCCAACGCUGCACUCGUACGACAUUGAGGCUCCGAUGGCAACGCCGGUGCCGCUCGACAGCUGCAGCCUGCGCCCCGACAACGUACUCCUCAUGGACGCGUACUUCAACAUCCACAUCAUGUGGGGCACGACCAUCUACGCAUGGAUUCAGGCGAAGUACCACGAGGACCCGGAGUACGCGUACUUCGCGCAGCUGCUCGACACCGUCGAGGGCGAUGCACUCGCGCUGUUGGCCGCCCGCUACCCGUAUCCUCGCUUCUCCCGUACGGACGCGAAUGGGUCGGAGGCGCGGCACAUCAAGACGCGCAUGAACCCGACCACGACUCACCAUAGCACUGGCGCCGCUGCUUGCUCCCCCACUGGUGACCAGUCGGACGUGAUUUACACCGACGAGGCGUCCAUCGUGAAGUUCAUGGAGUCGCUUAAGCAGGCCGUUGUCACGGGCGCCGCAAGGAAUGACGGCGCCACCAGCGCCAGCAACGGCGGUCGCUAA